AUGGAUGAGUCGCUCGCUGCCGUGAGGAGGAUCAGCUCUAAGGUCAUUUUUGUUCAGGUUUUGGUCUCAUGUUUUCUUUUCAUCAACAUCUUUCUGAUCACAACUUUUUUCAUGAAGGAAUGCUUCUACACGACAAUGCGCUACAUCUUAUUUGCUACUGCACUGCUGUCUGAUUCUGUUUUAUUACUGACCGACAUCCUGCUCUUAUGCAGCUACUUUGGAAUUUUCAUGCAGAUGUGGUGGUGUAUAAUUUUGUAUUUUGCUUUUUCUUUGUGCACAUUUGUUACCCCUUUAACUCUGACAGCAAUGACUCUGGAGAGAUAUGUGGCCAUUUGCUUGCCUCUGAGACAUGCAGAGUUGUGCUCCACACGCAACACUCUGCUGAUCUGCCUCAUCCACGGCCUCAGCUUUCUACCCGGCUUCGUUAUUCUCUCCAUUUUCUUUGCAUUAGCGUCCCACAGCCUCUUCACCCAGAGAAGGCUCUGCAUUGUGCAGGCAUUCAUUUUGCAAAGGUGGCAGGGUCAUCUGAGGUCGGCUAUAAAUCAGUUCUAUUUCUUGGUCAUGUGCAUCCUCAUUGUUUUCUCCUACAUUGAAAUAAUGAAAGUGGCCAAAGUUGCAUCAGGAGAGAACAAAAAGUCAACAAAUAAAGGCCUCAGGACUGUGAUUCUUCACGCUUGCCAGUUGCUGCUCUGCCUCAUCCAGAUGUGGUGUCCAUUCAUAGAGGAUACUGUCCUUCAGAUUAAUUUUUUGUUAUUUGUUAACAUCAGGUACUUUAAUUAUGUGAUGUUUUAUCUUUCACCACGAUGUCUGAGUCCUCUCAUUUAUGGCCUCAGGGAUGAGAUGUUCUUUCGGGCUCUGAAGUAUAACGCUCUCUGUGGGCUGCACAAGAGAUGA